AAAUCAAGAACAAAUGGUCAGUCGCGACUGUGGGCUCCACCGGUCAAAUCCUCAGGGCACACUCAAUGGGAGGACUCCGCCAUGAAAACGCUUUUGGGGCCGUUUGCACGUGAGGAGGCGAAGCGAUCAAGGAACACCUUACCAUUGGCCAUAGAGGGAGAAGUUUCCCGAGCGGAAUUCAUCAAUGAGACCCAUCGUGUAAGAAUAGAAGGUGGAGGGUUAGGACGAGAAGGCGGGGUAGAAUGGCGCUGCUGUGGCGAUGAGGGGCAAUGAAGGAUGAUGAAAGGAAGAAAAGGGACGAGAGCAGGAAACGGUUCCUUUUAUUUUGUUUGUGUUUGCGUGUUGUGUGCAACAACGACGUAUUUUGGUCCGCAUGCAUGUUAUUCUAUCAGGGUACCCCGCCCAUCCAGGCGAAGCGGCUCGAGAUCCCAACCACCUGCGCCUCGAACAAAACCACAACAUCAGGGCAACACCAGAGUCGCAGGAGACUGACUUCGAUCCGUCCUUGCUUGUGGAGACACGUAUGCAGCAGAGUCUCGCGAGUUCAAGAUAAUAUUCGCACGUCAUACGACCGAGUUGGGCUGAAGGAUCCUCAGUUUUCCACCCUUAUUUUCACUAUACUAUCAGUAUUCGCCUUUGCCAAGACAGGUAGAUGCACGUCGACUUUGGAACGGCAGGAAGAUAUCUCGAUACCUCCCAGAAUAACGCGUCGCGGAUGCUUUCUCCACUUUGGGCGCGGUUCUGUGCGCAACGCGAUUCGAGCAAUAAUUGCUCGUGUCCCUUUCAAGAGUAUGGGGAACCAGCGCUACGUUUUGUCCCCUUAAUGAUGCCAUUGAAGUCACAUAAGUAAACAUACGACCUAGGACCCAAGAGGCGA